AAUGCCUACAAGCAACUGAAGAGAAUUCUCCCCUGCAGACGAAUCGACCUCGUGGAAAACGCUCAAAAGAGUGUAUUUUUCUGGUAGGAGAGAAGUUAUCAGUGGAAGACAGUGAAUGGUCAGUUCAGGCGUUAGAUCCGCCUUCCAGCCUCCAAGAACCUCUUCCAGAAAUAACUCAACGCCAUGCGUCUCAACUGGUUGCCCUAAAUGGACUGGCCUACGUGAUUGGUGGAGAGGUACACUCGGAGCUGUCAACGUCAGUAAUGGAAUUCAACCCCAAGACCGGUCGUUGGCGACAAUUCGCGUCGAAUCUUCUCGCCUGCUGGGACCACGCUGCAGCUGGUUCUGGCUGCGGCAUCGUCUCCUGCGGAGGAUGGAAGUACAAUAGUGCAAUUGCAUUUGCUGAGCUCUUUCUGCCAGCAAAAAACAGGUGGUUCCGUCUUCCAGACAUGCUCAAUGCUCGAUCUGCUCACCGUGUCGUGGCUCACGAGGAGGAUGGCCGCAUUUUUGUCACUGGUGGCGAAGAUGAAUUCGGUUAUGACAUGGACCUGGUAGAAUGCUGCACCCUUCCUAUCGGCACCUCUGCAGAAACCACUGAAUCACACAGUUUCCUCACCUGGCAUCGGGCGGCACCGAUGAAUCAGGCACGCCAUUAUCAUGCUCUGGCCUACGCAAAGGGCAAAAUUGUAGCUGUAGGAGUUUUGGUCAAUCGCCUUUUACCCACGCAGACAGUUGAAGUAUUUUCGCCUCCAGAUCGCGGUAAUCCCUUGGGUCAAUGGACAUUUGUAAGACCUCUCGACGUACCCUAUGAAUAUCCCUUUGCUGUAGUUGUGGAUGGUUACUUCUUCGUUUUCCGUGAGUUUCUGUUCCUUGAUCUUGCAUGUGUGUUAGCUGUCAUUAGCUUGAUAAAUGUAACGAUAUAA